AUGCCUGAGGACUUUUCCGUUUUUCAUAAAAUUAAAUUAAUUUUAACGGGAUUUGUGGUCAGUUGUGGAGGAAGCUUUCAUUUCGGAUAUCAGAUAUCCAUUAUCAAUCCCUUGGCCGAUGUGAUUCAAAACUUUUUGGAGCAAUCCAUCGAAAGGCAAGUAGAAUAUAUUGUGACUUACAUAACGUUGCAUGUGUAUAUUUGUCAGUAUGAAUUUUGUAUGCGACCCCUGAAAGGAUUGCAAUUUAAUUUUUAAUCAUAAAACGACUUUUUUGAUGACGAUCAUCUUUAUCUAGACGUCUCCAUCAUCAUCUCCGAACCUGGACUUUAAAUUUAUUGUGGCCUACAGUAGCUGGAUUACUGUUUAUCGGCGCUUUUAUUGGGGCUUUUAUGAGUCCAAAGUUGAUGAGUAAACAUGGAAUCAAGCCCGUUCUCUACCUGUCUUCUUCUAUUUUGUCCAUCUCCUUCUUAAUGGCGUUCCUUGCCAGAAUUGUCGACUUGGCCGAGCUUUUUAUUCUACAUCGAUUAUUGGCUGGGAUCGGGAUUGGGAUGAUCACCACCGCCCAGACAGUGUAUCUUACUGAGAUCAGUCCAAGUGAGUAGUGUCAUUAUUUUCAAUCCGUCAUGUUUUAGUCAGAUAUCGAGGAUUCAUGGGGACAUUGACUGGGUUCUCGACCAGCAUUGGAUUUGUUUUGGCAAGCGGGAUUGGAUUGCCUCAGGUCUUUGGACAAGAUCUUCUUUGGCAUUAUGCCUAUUUGAUCGGUAUUUGUUUCCAUUUUUAAUAAGGUUAUCCUAUAAUAUAUAUAUUAUUAUAAUGUAAUUUUGUUUAGAAUUAUUGCCUUCCUUUAUGCUGAUCAUGUUCCUCUUGUUGUAUCUCCCUUCAUCUCCCAUUGAAUCGCUGAAAAAAGGGAAAACGAAAGAAGCGCUGAUCUGUCUGGAGACGUUUUGUCAUAAACAUCUGGCAUUUGAUCGGCUGAAUCAACUGGAGCAGGAGAUUAAUAUAGAUCAGGAGCAGUCCCCCAACCUCCCGGUGAUGAUGUUGUGCAAGUAAGUGAUCGUUUUUAUCAUACUUCUUAAUUUUAGAAAAGCGGGGAACGCCCUCUUCAUCUCCCUCCUCCUAAAUGCCACUGUCAGUUUCUCCGGAAUCACUGCAGCCUCUUUUUUUGGCACCUUUUUACUUCAAAAUAUUGGAUUCAACAGUAAUCAGGCGGCGCUGGCCAAUUGUUUGGCCUCCUUUUCGGGUAUCCUGGGCAAUAUCCUGGGUUCGUUCACCAUAGAUCGAGUGGGAAGACGUCGUUUGAUCAUCGGCUGCCUCUCCGUCCUCGCCCUCCUCAACACAAUCCUCAUGGGAUGUGUUUUCUUCUUCCAGAUCACUGAGAACACCAGCACUGGCUAUGCUUUUCUGGCUAUUUUCAUGAUUUUUUUGUUCAUCUUCUCCUUGGGAGUAGGCCCAGUUGCCUGGUUUAUCGCCACAGAGCUGAGUCCCGCUCCUUUCCGGGCGCAGAUCCAGUCAUUGUCCGUCUCCUGCCAGUACAUUACUUGUUUUAUCAGCAGUCUCAUCUUCCUGCCCUUGUAUCAUUUGGUCGGUCCUUUGAGUUUUCUGAUUUUCAUUACUCCUUUAACUCUGUGUUCGGUCUACUUGUUUGUAUAUCUGCCCGAAACCAAGAAUCGAACAUUAGAUUCGAUAUUCGAGGAGAUGAACGGCAGAAAGAAAAAGAGUUCUCCUUAA